UUACCAUGAACUUAUUAUAAAAAUAUAUAACAGGAUACAAAGUGUAAAAGCAGUAUUGAAUACUUAGCAAUCUAUUUAUAACGUAUGUACAGUAUGUUUUAUGUAUCGAGAAUAUUUUGUUAUAACUAAAUUACAUUAAUAAAUGAUUAAGAUACAAAUUGUUUUGAAUACUGUAAAACCUUACACGUUUUUUAAUAUCUACUUAAGUUAAUAUCAGCUUAAUAUAGGGAGAAACUGGGUGACGCUAUUUGUUUUUCAAUCAAGUAGUAUAAAAAUCAUUUGCAUUAAUAACGAUUCAAUGUGGUGGGUUUCCUUCAGAACUUUUGAUUAAAGUACUUGACCAGUAGUUUUGCAAUAAUAGAAGAUGUCACGCUUCGAGUUAUAUCCGAGGUCAUCCUUAAGUUACUCUGGUUACAUAUUCUAGAGAAAAUUUAUUCAACCAUGCGCAACUCCGGAAUUCGUUUGAAACAAAUUCGAAAGCUGUUCCACUUUCCUCAAGUAUUUUCGCUUAGUGAUCAUUGGUAAAUAUUAAGAAAAAUAGUGUCGACGUUUAGGUUAGUUCUCUGUUAUCAAAAACCAUCAAAAAUUGAAUUAGUUAUAAGUCAUGUUUUAUAAUUAUAUGUGAUAUAACUGUUUCCAAGUUUUAUCAUCGCGUGCAUACAAGGAUGAUGACAUCCAGAAGACUGUUAAAGACUGUUGCAGUGGGUACUAUUAGCUUAGGAACUUUGGCGUCCUUAAGAGCUAAUGAAUAUGAUCUUGGUGCUAUUGGUAUAGUUCGUCUAAGCAGAGCAGCAGUGACAGUUUUCAUAAUUGGUUCCUAUUAUAAGAAUGAGUUAUACAAUAGCAAGCUAAACAAAAAGUCACCAGAGUAUAAACAGUUGAAAUCUCAUGUUCAUCAGUAUGGUGCAGAAAAAUUGUUGGAACUUUGUUGUGCCAAUAAAGGAGUCUAUAUUAAAGUUGGACAACAUAUUGGAGCACUUGAUUACCUACUUCCUAAGGAAUAUGUGAAUACGAUGAAAGUUUUGCACAGUUCAGCACCUCAGUCAUCAUUUCACGAUGUUCUAACUGUAAUUAAAGAAGACUUCAAACAGGAUGCAUAUGAAAUAUUUAAGUCCAUCGAACCAGCACCUUUGGGAACAGCAAGUCUUGCACAAGUGCACAAAGCAAUAUUGAAAGAUGGGAGUUUAGUAGCUGUCAAAAUUCAACAUCGAUCAGUCAAAUCAAACUCUUAUGUAGACAUAAAAACAAUGUCUGCUCUGGUGAAGCUAACAUCGUGGGUAUUUCCGGAUUUCAAAUUCGAUUGGCUUGUGGAUGAAACAAAGAAAAAUAUUCCUCAAGAAUUGAACUUCACUCGAGAGGGUGAAAAUGCUGAAAAAGUUCGGAAGCUAUUCAAAAACUAUCACUGGUUAAAAAUACCAAAGAUAUUCUGGGAAUAUUCAACACAACGUGUCUUAACAAUGGAAUUUGUCGAAGGGAGUCAAGUGAAUGAUCUGCAAUAUUUGCAUUUGCAUAAAAUAAAUCCUACUGAAGUCAGCAGUAAAUUGGGUCGUCUCUACAGUCACAUGAUUUUUAUUUCUGGCUUUGUGCACUCCGAUCCACACCCUGGAAAUAUUCUAGUAAGAAAAAACAAUUCUGAAGCAGAGAUUAUCCUCUUGGAUCACGGGCUUUAUGCAAAUCUAUCUAACGAAUUUCGUUGGGAAUAUUCCAAAUUAUGGUUGGCAAUAUUGAACGGUGAUAGAGUCGCAAUGAGAGAACAUUGCACCAAAUUGGGUGUUGGUGACAUGUAUGGUCUACUAGCCUGUAUGGUGUCUGGUAGAACUUGGGAUACAAUAGUGUCAGGAAUACAGAAGACAAAAUUUACACCAAAUGAAAGAGAGGUAUUCCAACAGGAGAUACCAAAUCUCCUGCCACAAAUUAGUUUAGUGUUGGAGAAUGUCAAUAGACAAAUGUUACUUAUUCUGAAAACGAAUGACCUCAUGAGAGGCAUCGAACACACUCUGAAGACUCAGGCAAGGAUGUCAUCCUUUAUGGAAAUGUCAAAGAGCUGCAUACGAUCUGUGUAUGGUGAAAAGAAGAAAUCUUGUACAAACAAUUUAUCCAGGUGGAAAGUCUCUCUCGCAGAACAAUGGGCAUUAACCAGGCUUUCCUUGUACUACAUGUUUUUAGGUAUGAUUCACUUUGAUAUUCACAAGAGCAUCGAAUCAUUAUGGACUAAUGACUAUUAUCCAUUUUGAUGAAACCUAAUUACUAGCUCAAAUUCGUUUUUAGUUGUUAAACAGUAAAUAUAAAUUAUAACUGACCAUCCCUAGUCUUUAAUAGAAAUAACAGCUAAUGAAACAGCUGCGGUUGUUCUUAUAAUGUUAUUAUUGUAUUAAAUCUGACUAGCUUUUAGUUAUAUCAAAGAAAACUUUAAGGCAAAUGAAAAAUUUGUACAUAAAUGAACAUGUUGCAUUGUGUUACGAAUUACGUGUUUCAUUUGGAUCUGUACUUUUACUCUUCUGUGCAAAGAUUUUUUAUAUUAAUUAGAAACUUGUAAUAUGAAUUAAAUAUUAAAGGAAUAAUUGAAAUUUCUAAUUAACUUAAAAUUCCCAACGAAAUCUUCAUGGAAAUCAUUAAACGUAACAGUGCUACCUCCUUCUUGGCAAAUUUUCAAUAAAUGUUAAAUAUAGUCACAGAGCCAAGGUCUGUAGCACAAAUUACUACCGAAAUUAUUUUUUGGACCAUAAGUAUUCCUUAAUAUUUUGUUCGCUUAGUAACGUUACAGCAAAAAUUCGUGCCAUAGAACUACUAUCAAUAUUUUCGACAAAAUACACAAACGUAACAAAUUCCUUCUAUAUGGCGUACCAUUUAAAGCAUAAGUUUACAUUCUGCAACGUAUUUCCCAAUUACAUUAGGAUGUUGCCUGACAGUGUUCAAAUGAAAAGCAUAUAAUUUUCUAUAUCCAAUAAAAAAUUCAUUUCUUACAGAGCAGCCAUUAGUAUACAUAUGUACAAAGUAUUGCUAAGGCUACGAAAAAAACGUUUAGAUAAUAAACGAGUGAAGAAUGUAAAAGUAAAUAAAAGGUACGUUGUCAAAGAAAA